CCUGGCGCUCAGGGCGGAAGAAGGGGCAGAGGUGACUCUCUGGCCCGCAUCGCCUCUACUCUCCUAUCCCGUCUGACGUUGGACAACAAAGAUGGCGGCAGGAACCAGCAAUUACUGGGAAGAUCUCAGGAAACAGGCUCGACAGUUGGAAAAUGAACUUGACCUGAAACUAGUUUCCUUCAGUAAACUAUGUACGAGUUACAGUCACAGCAGCACACGAGAUGGAAGACGCGACAGGUAUAGUUCUGACACAACACCCCUUUUAAAUGGAUCAAGCCAAGACAGAAUGUUUGAGACAAUGGCAAUUGAGAUUGAACAACUUUUGGCAAGGCUUACAGGGGUAAAUGAUAAAAUGGCAGAAUAUACCAACAGUGCAGGUGUCCCCUCCUUGAAUGCAGCACUCAUGCAUACGUUACAGCGACAUAGAGACAUAUUACAGGAUUAUACACAUGAAUUUCAUAAAACCAAAGCAAACUUUAUGGCAAUACGGGAAAGGGAGAAUCUCAUGGGAUCAGUACGAAAAGAUAUUGAGUCAUAUAAAAGUGGAUCUGGAGUAAACAACAGAAGAACUGAACUAUUUCUGAAAGAACAUGACCACCUUAGGAACUCAGAUCGUCUGAUAGAAGAAACAAUAAGCAUUGCUAUGGCAACGAAAGAAAAUAUGACUUCACAGAGAGGAAUGUUAAAGUCAAUUCACAGCAAAAUGAACACUUUGGCCAAGGAUUCCUCUGUAUUGUCAGAAACCAUUGCCAGAAAUACAAAACAGUUUGGGCGCUUUGGUCAACAACAUACAAACAACAAAGAGACUUCUUUCAAAUAUGACCUUAAUAAAGAUUUCCCAAAGAUCGUUUUCCUGCUGUGAACAGCCUGAUCCAGAGGAUCAAUCUUAGGAAGCGGCGAGACUCCCUCAUCCUAGGUGGUGUGAUUGGUGUCUGCACCAUCCUAUUGCUGCUGUAUGCUUUCCAUUGAUGGACAUCUCCAUGGACUCUUGACGACCACCACUUUCACGCCCUGAUCUGGAAUAAGGAAAAGUAGGAAGAAGUUGACCAUCCUGACAAUUAAUCUGACCACCAGAUGAAUUCAAACUAAUAGUAUGGCUCUGUGACAUGGUCAGGUCGUACUAAAGCCACAGAUUUUUCUGUGCUAUCUUUUCUAAGACACAUUUCCCCAUUUUUUAGUUUAAAAAAAAAAAAAAGAAGGGGAGAUUUAGUUGCUUUUGUCUCCCUACGAGGUAAGUAAACCAAUCAAAAACAGAACUUCCGUGCUUCAAGUGACAGUGCUGAAUCCUGAGGACAAGCCAGAUCUUACGGCUGGAUUCUUCAAAAUGCCAGGUUUCUCUGCGUCCAAAGACUGCUUUUCUUUCAGCCACCUGAUUAGGUUGUGAAUAAAAAUAAUUCUUGUUCUUUUAUCUAACACUCAAGAUGAGAAAUCACAAGUCUUUCCUUGAUAAUCUGGGCUAUAGAUUCCUAUCUCUGUCCCCAGUUUUUUUUUAUAUAUAUUCAAGGAAAACUCCAUUUUUUCACAGACUCUUUUGAGAUGCUGAUAAGCCAACAACAGCAUGUUUGAGGUUGUCUGAAAUGGAGAACACAGCAAAAAAGCUUUUGUGUUUUCUUUUUUAAAAUUCUGAGUACACUGACUAUAUUGCUGGAAAAACAUUGAGAAUGACAGACCUUUUUUUUUUUUUUUUUUUUUAAGUAAAUUGCUUUACUUUUUUGGGUUUUUUUCUUCCACUACAAGAUAAUGAAAUCUACAACUACUACUAUAAAAUAAUGAAACCUUAAUUCUACCAUGAUGAAAGAGAGAAACUAAUAGCCAAUGUCUGUAACACCCCCAAUUUUUCCCUAUUAUGUCAGCAUUAACACUGGUAACUGGAGGCAGGGGCACUGCUCAAUUUUCAGUGAGAUUUAUUCGACAAACAAAAUACAAAAAGACAUUCAGAAGUCACUAUCCAGAUAAUCCUUUUGUAAAUGCUCCACAACUUAGGAGCAAAAGUUUAACAACUACUGCCUGAUGUGUCAGGAAUUCUGUGUUCUGUGAAAAUCUAUUCAUUCCAAAUCUCUUAAGCUUUUCCAGACAUCCAGAGAAUGAUUUCACUGUCAAAGGUGCCUGUGACAGAAUCUGUCUAACUGCACCUAUCUUCUAUUACCAUCCCUGGACAGUGACAGAAAUGUAAACUACUCACCAGAAUUCUUUCCCAGAUUAACCAUUUCUCAGUUUCUAUAAAUUCAUUACGUAUCUUACUGAACUACCAGGUAGUUUAAAGACUUCUAACAUAUACACUCCUUACCGAGAGAAGGCUGCUGCUCUUCCCCAUUGAAAUUUACCAUGAUGUUUAUAUCAUCUUCAGACUGUGCCACAGGGAAGGAGGACAUUAGCUUGUCAUUCUUCGCUAUGGUGUGUAUAUGCUGCUGUUCAGGUGGACUUGAUGAACUGCCUCAUGGGUAGACUUAACAUCGGACUGGCUGAGAGAUUUAUCAUUCUGGUGUCAAAGUUUUAUUACAUUCUGGGUAUGAAGGGCAUUUGAUAUAUUUUUCUUAACUAUGGGGUUUAUUUUUAUAAAUAUGGGUUGACUGAUCAGUUCAUUGACUGGGGAUGCCCUUAAAAGAAAGUUAAGUUUUCCCAUUGUGAACCUAAAGGAUCGGGGAAGUAAGUUCAUUUGUUAAACUCUCUUUUGGGAAAACAAAACUUCUCUCCCCUGAAACUAUUAUCUUUGAUUUUUCAAAGGGCCUUGAUUGGUGGUUGUGCCUCAGUUAGAAUUUGUGGGACCUUGGUUGCUAUAUAGUUGGCAUUUAUAAAAUCUGAAGUAUCAUAAAUAAAGUUAUUUAUUUAAUUAUGC